UCAGAACGUUUGAACGUUUUAUACGAAAAGAAUUGGACCAGGCUCGUGACGGAGCAACUGAAACGGUUUGAGAAGGCUGUUAUGGACUCGUCUCGUACAGAAGGAAUGGCCCCUUCUCCAUCUCCAAACUGGACGUUCGGCGGAGCUCUUUUAUACUCUCUCACCUUACUCACAACCGUAGGAUAUGGACGGUUAUCUCCACGCACAACCGCUGGAAAAGCAGUAGCAAUGAUUUACGCCAUAAUAGGUGUACCACUAAUGUUGGUCCUUUUAUCUGCACUUGGCUCACUUUUGGCGGGUGGCGCAAAAAGGGGAUACUCAAAAUUCUGCUGCAAGAACGACAACUCAAGCAAACCGACGCCGGCAGUUGAAUAUCACAGAGCACCUUCUAGUCCGUCUGGAAAGCACGCUUAUCGAUCUUCACACGAAGACACCUCAUCCAUACAACUAAUGCCAACGCAUUGCGGCCAAAACAAUUUAAACCACAAAUUCUCUCAUCAUCAACACUUCGAGCACCAAAUUGAUCAACAAGAGAUUCCCAAGCGCGCCAUGUUGGCAACGGUACGAGCCACUCACAUCAGGGGACGCUGUGCUUUGGGCCAAGUGAGGCAGAUGCUAGCCGAUCCGAUGAUCUGCCCCUCUCACGCACACUGUUCUCCUUCCACGAACGCCUCUGGGUGUACGGUCUCGAUAUCAGACUUAGACGAGGCUGAAGAAAAUGAAGAGCACGACUCUGGUAUAUGCACUCACGAUACACCUUCCAGGAUGCCGUUGAUAUGGCGAUCACCAGAACCGCUACAGAGAUCAUCCACACCUUUACCGACAGAACCACCACCGUCAGUGCCUGCUAUAAUAGUGAUCUUAUUUUUCGUCGCGUACGUUUGUUUUGGCGCCGCCGUGUUUGCGUCAACGAGCGGUUGGAGCUUCCUCGACGCUGCUUAUUUUUGUUUUAUAGCGCUUUCGACGAUAGGAAUCGGUGAUAAGUUGCCGCAAAGCGCGGACUAUAGUACGCAAUUGCAGUUACUCGCUUGCUGCCUAUAUUUAUUUUUCGGACUUGUCAUAGUGGCAAUGUGCUUUAGUUUGGUUCACGACGAAAUCGCCACCAAAUGUAAGCAGUUUGCUGUGAGUAUGGGACUUGUAAAACACUGACAGUGUCUUUUUAUAUUGUAAAUCUGAUAUUGUGUACUAAUUGCUCUUGUUACUAUGGUGUUUCAAAAUAAAAUGGA